CGAGUGUUGGACUGCUGAGGGGGGAGGGAGAGGAUUUUUUUUUUCUUUCUUUAGAACUGUGCACAGUUUCGCUCUCGUGUUUUGUCUUGAGAGAGCUAUCCAUCUGCUUCUUACUCCUCUUUAUUGGGAAAGCUGCACCGUUACUUUUUUUUUUUUUUAAGCUGAAGAGAGAAAGACGGCAACUCCAAACUAACAUGGCAGUCAGACUGUGUGAUGUGGCUUCUCUGCUUAGAAGUGGUUCGUGGGCAGCAGAGCCUUGGACUGGGCAGGUAAUUGCUGCCAUGGAAACACAACUGUCUAAUGGACCAACAUGCAAUAACACAGCCAAUGGUUCAAAUGCCAUAAACAAUUGCUCAUCGCCAGUUGAUUCGGGGAACACAGAGGACAGCAAGACCAAUUUAAUAGUCAACUACCUUCCGCAGAACAUGACACAGGAGGAGCUGAAGAGUCUGUUUGGCAGCAUUGGUGAGAUAGAAUCCUGCAAGCUUGUCAGAGACAAAAUAACAGGACAGAGCUUGGGAUAUGGCUUUGUGAACUAUGUGGAUCCCAAGGAUGCUGAAAAAGCUAUCAACACGCUGAAUGGAUUGAGACUUCAAACUAAAACAAUAAAAGUUUCAUAUGCACGACCAAGUUCAGCUUCUAUCAGAGAUGCAAACUUGUAUGUCAGCGGACUUCCAAAAACAAUGACCCAAAAAGAACUGGAGCAGCUCUUUUCCCAAUAUGGACGCAUUAUUACUUCUCGUAUUCUAGUUGACCAAGUCACGGGAGUAUCAAGAGGCGUGGGCUUUAUCCGGUUUGACAAGCGCAUUGAAGCAGAAGAGGCUAUCAAGGGUUUGAAUGGCCAGAAACCUCCAGGUGCCACAGAGCCCAUCACUGUAAAGUUUGCUAACAACCCAAGCCAAAAAACCAAUCAGGCCAUCCUUUCUCAGCUGUAUCAUUCUCCAAACAGAAGAUAUCCAGGACCUCUAGCUCAGCAGGCUCAACGUUUUAGGUUGGACAAUCUGCUGAACAUGGCUUACGGAGUAAAGAGUAGGUUUCCUCCAAUGACCAUUGAUGGAAUGACCAGUUUGGCUGGAAUUAAUAUCCCUGGACAUGCAGGAACUGGAUGGUGCAUUUUUGUGUACAAUUUGGCCCCUGAUGCUGAUGAGAGUAUCCUCUGGCAAAUGUUUGGACCCUUUGGAGCAGUAACCAAUGUGAAGGUCAUUCGUGACUUUAACACUAACAAGUGCAAAGGUUUUGGAUUUGUCACUAUGACAAACUAUGAUGAGGCAGCUAUGGCAAUAGCCAGUCUGAAUGGAUAUCGCCUUGGGGACAGAGUAUUGCAGGUCUCCUUUAAAACAAACAAAACGCACAAAGCCUAAAAAGUUAUUCUCAGUGCAUUAAAAUAUGAAAACUAUACAACAAAGGCAAGUUAAGAGAAACUUUAUGUAACUGUCUUUGUUGUAAGUCAGUGUGGAAAUGGGGAUAAAAUGACUACUUAGCAUCCUAAGAAUAUGUGAGAUUUUUUAUUGCUAAUAUUUGAAUUAAAACUUCUUAAAUAUCUUUUGUGUUUGAAUAUUGACAAGAGGUACAGGGUUUUUACCUGUUACAAUGCAUUCUAUUGCCUUCUUUGAAGAAGGUGAACCUUUUAAAAUGUUUCAGCUAAGGGAAGGUGUUUUUGUUUUGUUUUGUUUUGUUUUUUACAUGACUGCCUUGAACCUAUGAGUAAAUAUUGAGGCUUUGU